AUGACGUGCAACUUCAAGGGCUGGGAGGCGCUGUGGGAAAAGAUGAAGUGGGAGAUCAUUUACAUUCAGCACGCUGAGAGCACGCCAAUGACGGGAAGGCGGGAUUGCCAUGUCACGGAGGGAGAAAAGGAGGUGCCGAGACUUCAGGUUGCCAGAGACUUUUGGGAGAGAAGGGUGGAGCAGUGCCAGGUGCAGCUUGACGCGGAGCUGGCUGCCCAGCUGAUUGUUGCUGCCAGCGAAGGCCGCUCAGGACAAGUGACAGGGACGUGGAGUGUGUUUGGGAAUUCUAUUCCCUGCUCGUGUGUUACAUGGUGUUGUAUGGGUUUGUGUUGUUUCAAGACAUUGUUUCAGUGCGUUUCUUUCUUGGUGGGGAAGGAAGGGUGGCGGCAUGGCUGGGAGUGGGGGAGAGGCGAGUUGUAUUAUUAUUGUGGUUGGUGUAGUGGGCGGAGUGGCGGCUUCCUCGUGUGUAUUGCAGCGGGGGUGGGGUGCUUUGCUGAGAGAAGGCGGUGGGGGGAGUGUGCCACCCGCUAA